CAGAUCGGGAAAUACUUCAUGUUUGUGUUUUGAUCACAAGGCUUGACUGGUUAUGAAUUUUUCCAGAUAAACUUGCCCUGAUGUCCUUCUAAGAAGCAGGUCCCUGAAAUCUUCUGGAGCAUCUGGAAGGAGAUAAUGUCUGCCCUAGACCCUCCUGCAGAGGACAUGAGCAACAGUCAAAUUUCUGAGCUGAAUCCAUCUUAUACUCAGGCUCGCUUCUCUCAUCUCAAUUUUGAUUUGCACAAGCUAUCAGAAAAAAUGGAGAAAGAAUACCAGGAGAUUCGUGAGCAGUUGCAAAGGGGUUAUAACCCCAGCAUGAGAAAUGAAUGCAAGAGGUUAAAAACAUUCUUCUCCUAUGACUCUGGUUCAUCGUGGGCUCCCACAGAGAUGGCUGCUGCUGGGUUUUAUUACACGGGGGUUAAGUCUGGUAUACAGUGUUUCUGCUGUGGGCUGGUUUUAUUUGCAGCACGAGCCAGAUUGUCCCCAGAUUCAGAGCAUAAAAAAUUUUGUCCUCAGUGUGAAUUUGUCCAAGGGAGAGGUAACAUUCUGCGGUAUGACAUACGUGUUCAGAACGUAGAGAAGAGUCCGGCAGAGCCUACAGACAGAUACAAAGAGGAGGAGGCUAGACUUCAGUCUUUUGAAGCCUGGCCAUUCUAUGCCAGAGGAACCCAGCCAGCUGCACUCUCUAGUGCUGGAUUUUUCUUUACAGGUGAAAAAGAUAAAGUUCAGUGCUUUGCCUGUGGAGGAUGUUUGGGGAACUGGGAAGAAGGUGAUGAUCCUUGGAAAGAACAUGCCAAAUGGUUUCCUGAGUGUGAAUUCCUUCGCCAUAAGAAAUCCAGUGAUGAAAUUAAAGAAUACCUUCAUAGCUACUGUGGAUUUGUAGGAGUGGUGGGAAAGCAUUUCACAACUCCUUCAAUAAAGAGGAUAUUACCUACAGAAACAGGUGAAGGGGAUGUUCAAUGUUUUGCCUGUGCUGGAUGUUUGGAGAAUUGGGAGGAAGGUGAUGAUCCCUGGAAAGAACACAAAAAAUGGUUACCUGAUUGCAAAUGCUUGGAGCUACUCAAUGAGAUGACAGUAGAUCCACCAAAGAAUCAGUCAGCAUUACAUUCUGAGCAGCAAACUGCAAAGCCAACCUCAGAAGGGAGAAAAUGCCAAUAUUCUGCUUUUACUGACAUGACCCUUGAGGAUCCUGAAUGGGCCCAAGAAGCCAAGGCAUUGACUGAACAUCUCAGGCAGGCUUACAGUAAUACCAGGUUUAGCAGACUGCCUUCCUUUGGUGACUCUACCCAUUUUGCCAUUGAUUUGAAAUUGCUCUACGCCGACCUGUCAGUUGUCUCAAAGGAUAUCUAUAACCAGCCACUGCAGCAGCUCCUGCUGCCUGACAUCCUUGCAAACCUUAACUCCAUCACUGUCCUUGAAGGUGAAGCAGGAGGUGGGAAGACAGCAUUGCUGAGGAAGGUAGCUGUGCUGUGGGCUUCAGGCUGCUGCCCCGUGCUAAGCAGGUUCAAGUUGGUCUUUUAUCUUUCCCUGAGUGCCACAAAAGGGGAUCAGAGCUUGACUGACAUCAUCUGCAACCAGUUAGUGGGAUUUCCAGGGUCGUUAACAGAAAUGUCCCUGAGGAACAUCCUUCAGCACUUAAAGCACCAGGUCCUGUUCCUUCUGGAUGACUACGGCGAGAUGAAUUCAGUCCCCUUGGUCAUCGAAAGACUUGUACAAAAGAACCACUUCAGCAAACACUGCCUGGUUAUCGCUGUGCGUACUAAUCGGAUCAGAGAAAUCCGCAAGCAUGCAAAUACAAUUUUAACUAUUGUGCAGUUUCCUCUGUACAGCACUCUCUACGUCCUUCGGAAGCUGUUUUCACACAACAUUGCCCUUGUGGAAAAGUUCAUCUAUAAGCUGAAAUGGGAAGACACCAUGAAGACUCUUCUGAAGACCCCGCUUCUAACUACCCCGCUUCUAACUGUGGCUCUCUGUGCAUAUUGGAUACAGUACCCAGGGGGGAACAUCUUCAGUGACAAGGCUAUUUUUAAAGCCUACUUGCUGUAUAACUCCCUAAAAUACUUGGAAGAAGGAGACCAUGUUAGUGCCAUGGUGUCCUCCUGUGGAGAGCUUGCCUUAAAAGGUCUUUUCAAGCCGUGCUUUGAUUUCAGGGAGGAAGACCUCUCUGAAAUAGGUCUUGAUGGAGAUGAAGCUCUGAGAUUGGGCCUGCUGAGCAAAUUCACUGCCCAAAGGCUGCAGCCAGUUUAUCAGUUCUUUCAUCCAUCAUUCCAAGAGUUCCUGGCAGGGCUAAGGAUGAGCGAGCUCCUGGCUUCUGAUGUUGAAGAAAACCUGGAACGAGGACUGUAUUACUUGCAGCAAAUCAACACGUUGAGGAAAGUUUCUGGGACCUAUCACUUUUUAUUGCAGUAUGCUUGCAGCUAUCCUUCCAAGGCAGUUCCAAAAAUCAUAACCCAUUUAUUCAACUUGAUCCACUCUAAGGAGGCAUUUGAAAGUCAGUCAGAAAGUGAUGAACUUCUACGACAUCACCCAGAACUACAAAUGGUGGUGCAGGCAAUAGAUGAUUUGGAGUCAGAAUUUUGUCUUUCAUUUUUCACUCGCCUUUUGCUGAACAUUGCAAUUUCUGCAGCUUAUGAAAGUGACACUGUUGCAAUGUGUGCCCCA